AUGGGAGAACCUUUGAGUCUUUGUAUUUUAAGGCCGAAGCCUGAGCCUACAGAGACAUUUUCAUCAACAGUAUCUCUGAAAAGGGAGGAAGUUGCUACACCCCUCGGUCCUUGGAAGGAGAAACUGAAUUCCAAGGCACAGCGCACUUCCAAACAAUCAUUGAAAACUGAGCAAAAGUCCUCUGCGAACCCACUGGGAGCACGUUGCAGUCCAACGAUUGGUGCAGUGGCGUCACCUGUUUCCCGAAAAGAUGGUCGAUAUUAUAUAUGCGGAUAUUGCGGAGACUCAUUUUCCAGGAAGCUCAAAUACCAAAACCAUGUGAAGUCUGUUCACUUGAAACACCGGAUUUACAUAUGCGGAUACUGUGGAAAAUGUUGUUCCCGUAAAAGCAACCUCAAAGUCCACGAGCAGUCUGUCCACCUAAAUCAACAAACACGCAUAUGUGAACGCUGUGGUAGAUCAUUUACGCGAUGCGGUGCCAUACAAAAGCACGUCCGUUCUGUGCACUUGAAUCUACGAGAACACAUAUAUGAGUACAGUGAAUCUUUGGAUUGCAAUCAUGGGAACCAAAUGCUUACAGUAAUUGAAAUUCAUUUUCUGAUAGCUUUAUUCUAUGUUGCACCGACUCCAGCUCCCACACACUACAGCAUUGUCUGA